AUGACUCCGUGGCCAAGCUGGCUAAGGCGUGAGACUGUUAAUCUCAAGAUCGUGAGUUCGAUCCUCACCGGGGUCGUAUUUUUUUUUUUAUCUUCAAUAUUCAACUUUGCUCUCUAUGUGUUGCUGAACACAACAAAGUAUUGA